AAGUGUACUGACGUGACUACAUUCUUAAAUUAUUAUAAUGAAUCUGAAAGCAUUACUUUUAUUUUGGGCAUUUUGCUUAGUCAAAGGUUACACCAAAACCAAAACACACAUUCCUGCACCUAUAAAGUCUCUAACAGCAUCUGCUAAUAUAGGCAAAUGCAGUACUUGGGGAAAAGGAGCGUGCUUGCCUUUCCAAGGCAGUUCCUUCCACAUUUCCUCUGAAUGUAAAUUUGUCUUGGUUGAGAACUGCCCGAAUUCCGAGAAUACUUUCAGUGUCCAAGUAAAACGAAAUAUAUCUGGCAUGAUAACAGAAAUUUACAUUUAUUCAGAUGGAGUCACAGCUACAGUGAAGAAUAACUCAAUUGCUGUUGAUAAUGAAAUAGUAAAACCUCCUGUUAAUCAAAGGAUGAUUCGUAUUCGGAACAUUGGAAAAAAUUGGAUUUUCAAAUUAUCGAACGACAUGUUUUCUUUGAUUUGGAAUAAAAAGGAUGCAGUACAGGUAAUAUUUCAUCAAAAUAUAAACACAUGUGGACUAUGUGGAAGCAUGGAUUCUGAAUCAGAUGAGAGUAUCGUUUUGCGUCAGCUUAAAUAUGCUGUAAGAACAAAUGGAGAAAAUUGUCUUCCCCAAAUUUACAAACCUGAAAACAGAUCCGCAUUUGAAGCUGGAGUGGAGCAUUGCAGUCAUAUAAAAAAUUACACCAGUUCCUGCCGAACCACUGCCAUUGAUAAAAUCAUUAAAAUGUGUGCACUUGAGUACAGCCAUUCUGGUGAAGAUAAACAAAGUGCAUGCCCCAGCUUUUCAGAAGCAUCUCGCCAAUGCACAGGAUCAGCAAAUUAUUCAGAAGUGAAUGCCUGGAGAAGUGACCCAGAUAUACAGUGUGACCAUCCUGUCUGUGAAGGAAACCUGGAAUACAAAGAAUGUGGUUCACUGUCUGAGCCAACAUGCAGACAACAAGAAUCCGUAAAGAUUAGCAACUGUGUUGGUGCUUGCGUUUGCCCCGAAGGUCUAGUGCGUAAUGAUUUUGUCAAAAAUGCUACAUGCAUUCCAAAAAGUCAGUGUCCGUGUGAGUUUGAAGGCCGUAUAUAUCCACCAGGGUCAAAGAGUAUAUCUUCCCCUGAAUCAUGUGUAUGCUAUGAAGGAAAAUGGAAGUGUGAAACCAAGGAUUGUCCUGGAAGAUGCAAAAUAGAAGAUGGUUCAAAUGUUUUUACAUUUGAUGGCAGUCAUUACACUCUUAAAAGAAAAUGUACCUAUUAUGCACUGGUGACUUCAAACUCUUCAGUUACCGUUGAUCUUGAUGAAUGUAAGACUUUACCUUCAAAGCUGUGUAUGCAGAGUGUCUCUCUCACAACAAACGAGGCUUCACCACAGUCCUUUAAAGUGAUGAACAAUGGAACUGUCUUAAAGGAUGGGAGUGAGAUUACUCUUCCAUUUUAUGAAGGCGUGAUGAUUGCACGUCAGUCCUCAUUUUUCAUUCAAAUGAAUGCACUUGGAUUGCAAGCACAGAUUCAAACCAUUUCAGAGAGGAUGCAACUGUAUAUAACUCUUUCAAAGUAUGGACAAGCAAAAACAGGAGGAUUGUGUGGCACAUUCAAUGGCAAAAGCAGUGAUGACUACCUUUCUCUGCAUAACAUGACAGAACAAAAUCCUGAAAUAUUUGCUGAGACAUGGGGAACAACUGCUUGCACUGAUCUACCAGUAAAUCCUCCAUCCAAUAGUCUACAAAAUGAGGAAUAUGCUAAGUACUGUGGGCUUUUAAAGGAUCCAAAUGGAAUAUUUGGCAGUUGUCAUUAUUCGGUGGACAUUACAACAUACUAUGAGAACUGCAAGAGUUCAACAUCUAACAGUGAUAAACCUAAGGAAUCCCUAUGUAAUGCCCUAGGAAACUAUGCUAAAGCUUGUACAUUUGAAAGAGAAUCUAUUGGUGACUGGAGAAAAGGCAUUUGUGAAGUGGAAUGCCAAAAUAACAUGAUCUUCAAGUACAACAUGAGUGCAUGCAAUCAAACCUGUCGCUCUCGAACGCAGUUUGACCCUGUCUGCAGUUUUGAAACUGAUCCAGUGGAAGGCUGUGGCUGUCCUGAAGGAAUGCUGACUAAUCUGAAAGGAGUCUGUGUUCCUGAAGAAGAAUGUGAAUGUUAUAAUCAGUCUUAUGUCAUACUCGCUGGUAAUUCAUAUGCAAUUAAUGGUUCUAUCUGUGUUUGUGAAAAAGGAGAACUGAUCUGCACUGCAGGACAGCCCACAGAAGAAUGCUACAAUGGCACUAAAUACAUGGACUGCAGAAACUCUGAUUUCAUUACAGAGAGAACAUGCUCAGUCUGGAGUAUAACAGCUGUAAAGGCCUGCAAACCAGGUUGUUAUUGCCCAGAGCCUAUGGCUAGAUUUGGAGAUGUCUGUGUGCCUUUUGAAGAAUGCCCUUGUCUUUAUGCUGGAAAUAUAUAUGCUACAGGGAAAAAAAUUAAAAGACAGUGUAAUACAUGCAUAUGCUCAAAAGGAACCUGGACAUGCACAACAAAUGAAUGCUCAUCUACUUGCCACGUGUUUGGAAAUGGAAGAUAUGUAACAUUUGAUGAGAAAAGAUACUCCUAUAAUGGUGACUGUGAAAAUAUACUUGUUGAGGAUUACUGUGGUAAAGACACUGGUACAUUUAGAAUAAGUACAGAAGGUGUCCCUUGUUGUCAAUCUGAUGCUGUAUGCUCAAGAAUCACCAAGGUUGCAAUUAAGGACAAGAUCCUUAUUUUAAAAGAUGGUCAUUUUACAGUGGACACUGUCAGUGACUCGUGUGAGAAUAUAACUGCAGAAUAUAUCAUCCACUCAAUGGGACUGAAUAAUGUCAUUGUCUUAAAGGGUGGUGUAAAAAUAAUUUUUGAUAAACAUGCUCAUACAUCUGUUGUUUUAGAACCAAACUGGAAAGGAAAGGUAUGUGGCCUCUGUGGCAACAACAAUGGCAUCAAUAAAGAUGACUUUACUACAAGAGACAACCAAAAAGUUGCAGAUGCUUUUAUAUUUGGAAACAGCUGGGUAAGCCAGGAAUCAGAGUGUUCAGCUGAGAAACCACAAAUCUUUCAAUGUGAAAACAAUCCCCUCUGCAAGCCUUUGGCAGAAAAACUCUGCAGCAUAAUCAAAGACAGUGUCUUUAAAGAAUGUCAUAGUAAGGUUCCUUAUCAGUCAUAUUAUGAUGAGUGCAUCGAGGAAGCAUGUGUUUGUGACAUGGAAGGAAGCAAUGCCAGAUUUUGCACUUCUGUAGCAAUGUAUGCAGAUGCUUGCAUUUCAGAAAAUGUUUGCAUUGAGUGGCGUACUCCAAACAUUUGCCCUGUUUGGUGUGAUUACUACAAUGAACCAGAUGAAUGCAGUUGGCACUAUGAACCAUGUGGGAGAUCAGAACUGCAGACGUGCUCAGGCCAUCCACUUAACAAGACAUUUUCUACAGUAUUAGAAGGAUGCUAUCCCAAGUGCCCAGAUUAUGCACCAUACCUUGACGAAAACCGUAUGAAGUGUGUGUCAUUAUCUGAAUGCAGCUGCUUUCUUGAUGGUGUGAUUUUGCUUGCAGGGGAAAAGGUCAAAUCUGCGGAAGAUAAUUGUUAUGUCACAUGUGCAUGCAUUGAUGGAGCAAUCAUAUGCCAGCCAAAUGAGUCUAUGGAUUCUAAGAACAUGUCAGACUAUCAGCAGAUGCAGCAAGACUAUCAGCAGAUGCAGCAAGACCAAUCUUAUGACUUCAAUAAUAAUUAUGACUGGUGAUUAGAAGCAGUGGAACUGGCCAGCAAUGCACAUACUUGUAUACAUAAUUAUGUAUUAUUAAUAUGUUUUAGUAUAUAAUAUUAUUGGCAGAAUUAUAUUAUUUAUGGAAUACUUCAAAGCCGUAGUGAAAAACUGUAUCAUAUGCUGAACUGAUUAACUUUUGUUUGCUGCUGUUAAACUAAUUUGUAUAAUGUAUAAAUAACAAUACUUGGUGCUUUGAAAUAUG